AUGCGUGAACUUCGGGGCCGUUAUGCUGCGUCCAUACCGAGCGCUGAGCAGAUGAGUCGACGAUUCCGCGAGGAGGAUGGCUCGCGGGUCACUGCUUAUCUCAAGGAUGGCAAGCUCAUGUCAUAUGUGUACGAGGAUGUGCGCACAUUAUACGAAGGAGUACGAAGAGGAGCCCGAGUUUCUAACAAUGGUCCAAUGCUUGGUCGCCGAGUGAAACGUGCAGAUGGAACGGAACCAUAUGAGUGGAUUCCUUAUAAUGAGGAUGGCUCGCGGGUCACUGCUUAUCUCAAGGAUGGCAAGCUCAUGUCAUAUGUGUACGAGGAUGUGCGCACAUUAUACGAAGGAGUACGAAGAGGAGCCCGAGUUUCUAACAAUGGUCCAAUGCUUGGUCGCCGAGUGAAACGUGCAGAUGGAACGGAACCAUAUGAGUGGAUUCCUUAUAAUGAGGUUCUUGAUCGCUCCGACAAUGUUUCCAUUGCGUUCAGAGAAUUGGGAAUACCAGUCGGAAAUGAUGUUCAUAUUGGUAUUUACAGUAAAAAUAGACCAGAGUGGAUUAUCACGGAACUGGCGACUUACAACUUCGCGAAUGUCAUCGUUCCCAUUUACGAGACUCUUGGAUUCGAAGCUUGCGUAUUUAUUCUCAACCAAUCAGAAAUGAAACUGGUUGUAUGUGAUGCGGUUUCUAAAGCUAUCGGUCUUCUUGAGCACAAAUCAAAAUGCCCUCAUCUGGAGACGAUGGUUGUGAUGGAACCGAUCACCGAAGAGUUGCGCACACUUGCCUCAGAAAAGGGAGUGCAUGUUCUCACGUUCGAAGCUUUGGAGAAAAUGGGACGUGAAGCUCAAAAUCGGCCAACUCAUCAGCCACCUAAGCCCGAGGAUUUGGCUACAAUCUGCUAUACUUCUGGUACUACAGGUACACCAAAAGGUGUUAUGCUGUCACACGCAAAUGUUGUUGCAGACGGAGUCAGCAUGGAGUUUUUCAAGUACACAGGAAUCAACGUUACGGAUGUGAUGAUUAGCUUCCUUCCCUUAGCUCAUAUGUUGGAACGAGUAAUUGAGAGCGUUUGCUUUGCAAAAGGUGCCAGAGUGGGAUUCUACAGGGGUGAUAUUCGGUUACUCGCAGAAGACAUCAAAGAGCUGCGUCCAACCGUCGUUCCAGUUGUUCCACGUGUUCUUAAUAGGCUUUACGAUAAGGUAAUGACCGAGGUGAACAAGUCCUAUUUGAAGAAGAUGCUCUUCAGUCUGGCUAUCAAAUAUAAAGCUCGCGAGAUGCAUAACUUUGUAAUCCGAAAUAACGGUUUCUUCGACAACGUUGUUGUUCAAAAAAGUGCGCGAAGGAAUGGGAGGUGUGUAUCGUCUGUAAAUUCAAGCAGAUGUCGCGUAAGAUUGAUGAUAACGGGUUCUGCUCCCUUGUCUGAGAAUGUGCUCACGUUUGUGCGUGCAGCUAUGGGAUGUGUUGUGGUUGAAGGAUAUGGCCAAACGGAAUGUGUUGCUGCAGCCACUGUAUCUAUGGAGGGUGACUCAAACGCAGGACAUGUCGGUAUGGCAAUUCCAUCGGCUUCCAUUAAAUUGGUAGAUGUUCCGGAAUUGAACUACUUCGCAAAGGAUGGAACUGGCGAAGUCUGCAUAAAGGGACCUAUUGUGUUCCAAGGUUAUUAUAAGAACGAGGAGCAAACAAAGGAAGUGCUUGAUGAGGACGGCUGGUUGCACACGGCGUUUUCAAAUUAUAACGAGUUUGUUCCUUUCUGCAAGAAACAGUUAAAUUUGGAAGGGACGCUUGAGGAGCUUUGUAAGAAUAAGGAUGCUGUCAAAAUGGUGUUGGACGAUAUGGUUGCUGUCGGAAAGAAAGGGGGAUUGUUCUCAUUUGAGCAGGUUAAGGCUAUAAAAUUAUGCCCGGAUAUGUUCACCGUCGAAAACGAUCUUCUUACACCGACCCUGAAAAGCAAAAGGCCAAAGCUGAAGUCGCAUUUCGCGUCUGAUUUGGAAGAGAUGUACUCGACCCUUGACUGA